ACCCAACCUACAGUGGCUCCUUCUCUACCUGUGGGCAGCCAAUUAUUUGCUCAUUUCUCCAUCGUCAACAUGCAUUGAGGAAGAAGAAAGAAGACGUCAACCAUGCGCCAAUCUCGUUGAGCGUCAUGAGCCGGAUUUGAUACAAAAAAACAUGAGCCCAGCUCUGAUGCAAUCCUGUACAGCCCUUUCUGGAAGGCUGUAUAGAAGACCCUGUUUUCUAUUCAUCCUGGUGGCAGUGGCUGUCUCCGUGACCUACACCACCUUCGCCUUGAAUUGGUGGAAUGACCCACAGCGACCCUCGGUAAUCAGUCACACUGGAAAGACUCCUGAUGAUGACAGGACCAAUCACACUGGAAAGAUUGCUGAUGAUGAUCAGGUGAACCCGCGUGUCUUGACCAAUCGGAAUGGUGUCCAAUGGGAGGAUCCCGGGCGGUACCACGUGGCAUACCCGCGGGGAUACAAAUUCAUAAUGGAUGAGCCGGAGAAGUGUCGGACCGGGAAUCAGGCCCCGUUCCUGGUGCUGAUGGCCCCCGUGGCGCCUGGUAACCUGGCCUCCCGGGACGCCAUCCGCAGGACGUGGGGUAAUGAGACCCUGGUGCAUGGGAAGAAGGUACAAACGCUAUUCAUGUUAGGACUUCCUGGAGGACCAGGUGCCCAGGAGCUGCAGGAGAAGGUGAACCAGGAGAGCCGGGUGCACCACGACCUCCUCCAGAGCAACUUCAAGGACACCUACCAUAACCUGACCAUCAAGACCAUGGUGAUCCUCGAGUGGCUCGUCUCGCGGUGCCCUGAGGCCUCCUACGCCAUGAAGAUUGACUCAGACGUGUUCCUCAACGUCCAGAACCUUGUCUCCAUGCUGGUCAACCCUGACACUCCCAAACAGAACUACAUGACCGGUCUAGUCUGGUGGCACAGCCCGGUGCUGAGAAACCCCAACAACAAGUUCUUCCUGCCUUAUGAGGUGAUGGCUGAGUCGGAGUAUCCUCCGUACCCUCUGGGGUUUGGCUACAUCAUGUCCAUGGACCUCCCCAAGAAGAUCAUGGGGGUCACUCCACAGAUCAAGCCCAUCUACAUCGAGGAUGCCUACCUGGGGAUGUGUCUGAAGCGACUGGGCAUCUCCCCCACCAAUCCUCCCAGCAAGUCACUCUUUGACGUCAACCCCAUCUACAGCUACGGACGCUGCAAACUGUCCACCGUGGUUGCCGUGACGACGACCAAAGUGAGCCAGCUGCUGAGGUACUGGCAGGACUACACAAGGCCCGGCCCGCCGUGCUGAGAGGGUAAUCACCACAGCAAACAUUGCUUCUUCCUGUUUGGAAAACGGAAUUCAUGAAGACACUUCCUGUAUGUUUCCCUUCCUGGAAAUGUUGAAUUGGAACUUUGGGUAAGAGACAUUGGCUCUUGCAUAAGAGACAUCCGUUCACUCUUGUUGGGAGAUCCAUAGGUUGUUUGGUAUUUUGCUAAUGUAUACCUCAACCCUUCCCUUUACAUUGACUGUGGUGCAGUGAAGGUGGAUAGGUGUUGGAGAUGGCUUAUUGGGCCUGUCUCAAUACCUUUCAACUGUCACAUGCUGCAACAAAAAGAUCCCAAGCUGCAUAUUUGUAUCAUACAAAGAGAGCCUUAAGACUGGAUCCUAUCAGAUCUGCCCUAGCCGACACCCGCAUAGUGGUUGUAUUGGUGGUGUCGGAGGUGGCACUGUCAAAUCCACAAGCGGCUCCCGGCACUAUACCUAAAGUGGACAUUGCCAUUGGCUGACAUAUAUUGUGUUAUUUUAUGGUUUACAUCAACCUACCACACAAGGCAAUAGCCUACGUGUCAACAGUAUGUUUAUGUUAUAUAGUAUUGUUGAGAAAUUUGGGGUUACUUAGAAAUGUCCUUGUUUUGGGGUGAAAAACACUUUUUGUCCAUUAAAAUAACAUCAAAAUGAUCAGAAAUA